GGUGUGUGGGGCGCAUCACCACGGGAUAUCCCCUGUGCCGGGUGACGCUGUCACCCACCCAUGCCACAAACGCAGCGGCUCUCAGCACGCCUCGCCGGCGGGCGCUCAAACAUAACAAAAGCUGCCGGGGAAACGAGCCCAACCUGUUUGCCACGGGGCUGCGGCCCUGCAGGAAUGUGGGCGGUUGGUGACCACAGGCGGCUCCCGGGGGACGCGGAGCCCCAGCCGCACUCCCGCCCUCGGCACCCAGGAGCCCGCACCAUGCUCCCGCUGCUCCUCCUGCUCCUGCCCGCCGCACACGGCAUAGCCCGGCUGGGGCCCAGGCCAGCCCUGACCCAGGAGCAGCUGGAGGGGCUGACAACCGCCUCCACCUUCGUGCUGGAGCAGCCUCGCUGCGUCUUCGGAGAGUACGGCAACGCCGUCAUCUGGCUGGUGGUGGCCCUGGAAAAGGAUGCAUCCGCUUUCAACAGCAGCAGCGCGGUCCCGGGGACUCCCGAGACCGCAUUCCAGAGCUUCCCUGACCCCGUCCGUGCCUACAUGACCCUGAAUGCCACCCUGAGCAGCUACCCCUGCCCCAAACCCCCCGGGGACAUCACGGUGCUGCGCGUGGGCAGCGAGACGAGCUGUGCCCAGGACACGACGAGACCCACGUGCAAUGGCCCCCUGCCCGGCCCCGGGCCCUACCGGGUGAAGUUCCUCGCCCUGGAGGGCUCCGUGCCCGUGGCUGACACAGAGUGGUCGAUGCCAAUCAUGCUGAGGACAGCCAAAUCACCCAGCAGCAUCCCCACGACGAGCGGCGGGCACAACGCCGGCAUGAUCGCCAUCGCCACCAUCCUCUCCAUCCUCUUCGCCAUCCUCCUGGCCGGGCUGGUGGCCAUGCUCGUCUUCUGGGGCUCGGACUCCUGCGGCGGCAGCAGCUCCUUCAGCAAGCCGGAGUCGGUGACGGUGCGGCGGUACAACACCCACCACGUCUACGACCAGCCCGCCGCCCGGCUCUGAGCCCCCGCCGCGCCUCCCGCGCCCCCCGUGCGGGGGUGAA